GCUCGCUCGCUCGCUCGCUCGCUCGCUCGUACACGUUGAUGAUGGUGCCUUCUCCGAAGUCCGAACAAAGUUGAAAGGAAGAGAGAAGUUGCAGAGAUUUUGCGAGAGAGAGAGAGGGAAAAUAGAAAACGUAAAGAAAAAGAAAAAAAAAAAGACUGAGAACGGCCAUGACCAGGACUAGCCUUGACCUACGCACAACGGCGCAAGUUAUCAAGCAGUCCUCUGCGUCUUUCCUCUCCGGCUUCUACACAUUCCUCUUCCUCUCUUUCCUCCUCUUCUCCUUCCGUACUGUUGUCGAGAGCGGUACCCUAUUCGUUACCUCCUUCAUCGAUCGGGAUCCCUCCUUGAAGUCAUUACUUUCCCGCCUCGAUCUUGCCGGCAAGAAUGUUCGAUCGCCGGAGAGUUUCAAAUCUCCGACCACCAUGAGCCGUCGUCGCCGGCCGUUCCUUCACCUGAGCCGCGUCGGUACUCUUGACGAUGAUUUCUUUUCUGGAGACGAUGAUGAGGAUCGGAGUCUGUUUGGAUUGGGUCGUCCUGCUCCUGUAAAUCGCAGUUUUUUGAAUCUGAGUCAUUUCUUUCGUGGCGAAGGGAAAUUAGGGUUUCUGGAUUCGGAGAAGGGCGAUGGGAUUAGGUUUUCGGAGAUUGUUGGUUCUGGAUUUCUGUUCAAGGCGGAGGGUUUCUCUUUGAAUGCUGAUAUUGAAAAUGAGGGUGAGGAUAAUGGUGAAAGGAACAUGACAACGAUUGAAGAGAAGGGGGAGGAAGGGGAUCGGCCUGCAGAUUUUCAGUUACUUGUUAAGGGUCUCGAACUGGGUCGACGUGACGCGGCGACUUUGUUUUUUCUGGUGAGUUUCUUGUCCGCAGCUUAUGGUUGGGUGAUUCUAGGGUUCUUGAUUACGCAUUCUUGUGUUCUUGGUAUCGUGUUCUAUGCUGUGGUUAAUGACUAUCUGAAGAAACAUUAUUUAUUUAUGAAAACGAUCUGGGCUGGUUCGCGGCUGGGAAUUCGGAGGCUUUCGGGCUUUAUACUCAUGAGAUGGGCUGUUAGGGAUGCUUUGACCCAACUCCUCGGUCUGUGGUAUUUUGGUGAAAUUGAAGACCAGUACUCAUUUUUUAAAUUGUUUGUGAGAUUGAAAUUGAUGCCAUUCUCCAUAUCUUCUCCCUGGACCCGGGGGUUUGAGACAGAGAUCUCGGGCUUUCUGUCUACGUGGUUUUUCCUGGAUGUUUUUGUGGCUUUUGUGUUUGCAGUGGACUGUUGGGUUGCAAUUAUGGAUACAAGGAGGAGCGGGAGGGAAGUCAUACAGGAAGGUUGUUACUUGAUAUCUACGAUGUUGAUACAAGCAAUUCAAUUAAAAUGUUUGGAAAUCCUUUCUGGCUCUGUUCCCAGAUGGGUAGUGGCUCGGUUUUUUGGGGAAUUAUGUGCUUCUUUUUUCCAAUCGAUAGUGGAAGUCUAUUUUAUGGUGGCUUGGUUAAUAUUAUACUUUGCUGCAAGGUGCAAGAAUGUCAAUCCAGAGGGAAGGAGGUUUGGUCGAAGAGAUUUAGAGGACUAUAUUAAUGGUCUCAGAUGAUUGUGGCUAUGCUAGGGUGAUGGUUCACUUGGGGUCUUUGAAUGCAACUGUAAAAUAUUGAUAACCUUUUGAUGCUUUGCGUGGCCCUCUCUUGAAGUCCAUGUGGAUUGAUCUCUGCCAACUUUGUUGGUGUACUCACCAGGACCCUCUGCCUUGUAUGUACUUUAUCAAAGGCUAGUUACCAGAAGCAGCAGACAAGUUGGCAGAAGGAGAGGAGACUACUUGUAAUUAGGUGCAAAAGUAUUCAGGAUCUGAGUGAUGUACAUUUUCUAUGUGCUCCUGCUGCUAAUUCUGGAGGCAACUUUCAUCAAAGCAUUACCCAGCUGAGAAUGAGAAGGAUCACAGUAUGGAGAGUGAAAGGGGAAGCUGGGGUAAGGGGCAGAAAUAAAGGA